AUGGAAGCUCUGAAUAUCCUUCUCUGUCUGCUUCUAACUGCCUUGCAGGAUGCCUAUUCAUGCAGCAUAUGGGUCAUUAUUUCCAAAAUUGAAAUUGAUUUCUCUUCCCUUUAUACAGGCUACUGCUCAGUGACAACUGGUUGGCCAGAUACAGCAGAUUUACCCUCCUGCAAGUAUAACUGUGGAUACAACCUCGGCAGCUGCUCAUGCAACUACAAUUGUCACUAUUAUGGCAACUGUUGCCCUGAUUAUGACAGCUACUGCUCUACAACAACUGACUGGCCAGCUACAACAGCUCCCUCCUGCAGGUAUAACUGUGGAUACUACAUUGGCAGCUGCUCAUGCACCUACAAUUGUCAUUAUUAUGGCAACUGUUGCCCUGAUUACGACAACUACUGCUCAUCAACAAGUGAAACUCCAGUAACGUGGGCAGAAACAACAGAACCAUGUGGUGGCUAUAUGACAGAUUGGAUGGGUGAAUUUUUCAGUCCCCGGUACCCUAAUAACUACCCUGAUUCCUCAUAUUGCACAUGGACCAUUCAUAGCACAGGGAACACAACUGUGUCAUUGAUCUUCAACGAUGUUGCUUUGGAAACAUGCUGUGAUUACAUCAGCGUAUAUGAUGGUCCUUCUACCCUCCACCCCUUACUGGGAGAAAUACGGGACUACAGGAACCAGUCUUUCAAAUCUAGCAACAAUGAUCUGACUGUACUUUUCUACAGUGAUCACAGUGUAACAAAUAGAGGAUUUCAUGCAAACUGGGUCUUUGUAGAGGCUCCCUCAGAAGACCCCUGCUACAGCUACACUGUACUGGACGAUCCUUGGAGAGCCACUAACUAUCAGAAUGACUUAGUCUUAAUGUGUGACCAGAAUGUGAAUUGGUUUGGCUGGUAUCGUCUCUUCAUUCAUGGCCAGAGUGUCCAGAUGCCAGACACAUGUGUUGAUAUGAACAAAUGUGGCACUGAUGCCCCACUGUGGUUAAACGGAGGACACCCAAAAGUCGAGGAUGGAGUGGUCACUCGAGAUGUCUGUGGUCACUGGUCCAAUAACUGCUGCAAUUUCAAAUCUACUCCCAUUAGUGUGAAAGCCUGUCCAGGCAAUUAUUAUGUCUAUGAGUUUGUCAGACCAAGUGGCUGUUAUUUGGCAUACUGUGCAGAUGUGGGGAGCAUCAACACCACAUAUACAACUGCUGCACCAGAGACCAUCUCAUCUGAUUGGAGCGCUGCUGUAACUGUGACUACAUCACAGUAUAUGACGGCUCUUCCACUGGUUUUCCACAACAACAUGGUCAUUGUCAUUCAGACGUCUUACCUGAACUCACUCGGGUUGAGUGGAAAUUACCUUUAUGUGGAUGACCAUCUUUGCAGACCCAACAUUAGCAGUACUGAGGUUCUGUUUAGCUUCCCACUUGACGCAUGUGGGACCGCCAAAGAGAUGAUGAAUGGUUAUGUGUCCUACACCAACAAUGUGCGGGCCUCUCAGUCUCAGUCGGGUGAAAUCACUCGUCAGUCACAGUUCCUACUACGUGUGGGCUGCAGAAUGGAGCCGGACACCAUGGUGCAGAUACUCUACAAGGCCAGGGAGAACAUCAAUGCCAACAUCACAGGAACGGGACGCUUCAAUGCCAGCAUAGCUUUCUUCACCUCCAGCAGUUUCUACCAACAAAUUUAUGACUCUCCAUAUGAGGUGAACCUGAACCAGUUUCUGUAUGUUCAGGUCAAGCUAAACAGGCUUGACAACAGUCUGGAUCUGUUCCUGGACACCUGUGUAGCGUCUCCAAAUCCCAGUGACUUCAAAGAUCGCUCCUAUGACCUUAUGCGUAACGGAUGUCCCAUUGACAACACAUAUUAUUCCUACACCAACGGUCAGCACAACUAUGCUCAGUUCAGUUUCCGGGCUUUCAAGUUCCUCCGGACUCACGCCUUUGUGUACCUGCAGUGUAAGGUGAUCAUCUGCCCAGAUAACGACUACAACUCUCGCUGCCGCCAAGGUUGCCGCUUGCGUCGCAAGAGAUCCCUUGGCAGCACCUACCACACCAAUACUGUGACGCUGGGGCCAAUCAAACUCAAAGCAUCAUGUGGUGGCACUAUGACAGAUUGGAUGGGUGAAUUUUUCAGUCCUCAGUAUCCUAAAAACUACCCUGAUAACUCACUGUGCACAUGGACCAUUCGUAGCACAGGGGCGACGACUGUGUUAUUGACCUUCACUGAUGUUUUUUUGGAAACAUGCUGUGAUUACAUCAGAGUAUAUGAUGGUCCUUCUACCCUCUACCCCUUACUGGGAGAAAUACGGGAGUACGAGAACAAACACUACAACUCCAGCAACAAUGAUCUGACUGUGCUUUUCUACAGUGACGGGAGUGUAUCAAGAAGAGGAUUUCAUGCAAACUGGGUCUUUGUAGUUUCUCACCCUCAGUGUGGAGGACACCUGUAUGGUUCUGGACUGUUUUCCAGUCCAAACUACCCAAACUAUUACCCUGACAAUGCCUACUGUGUGUGGUAUCUCUCUGCUCAGCAAGGACAGAGGAUCUUCCUGACAUUUGCUGAUGUGCAAUUGGAGCGCUGCUGUAACUGUGACUACAUCACAGUAUAUGACGGCUCUUCCACUGGUUUUCCACAGCUAGGAAGGGUCUGCUUCAACGACACCACACACCAGGUGUUUCACUCUUCUUCACAAUACUUGACUGUUGUCUUCAGGAGCGACUACUCUGGUGUCAGCCAUGGUUUCAAGGCCCUUUUCACAAGCUCUCUGACUGCAGAUGAAGGUCGUGUGGAUUGUUCCUCAGACAACAUGGUCAUUGUCAUUCAGAGGUCUUACCUGAACUCACUUGGGUUGAGUGCAAAUGACCUUUAUGUGGAUGACCAUUUUUGCAGACCCACUAUUAGCAGUACUGAAGUUGUGUUCAACUUCCCUCUUGAUGCAUGUGGAACUGCCAAAGAAAUGAUGAAUGGUCAUGUGUCCUACACCAACAAUGUGCGGGCCUCUCAGUCUCAGUCGGGUGAAAUCACUCGUCAGUCACAGUUCCUACUACGUGUGGGCUGCAGAAUGGAGCCGGACACCAUGGUGCAGAUACUCUACAAGGCCAGGGAGAACAUCAAUGCCAACAUCACAGGAACGGGACGCUUCAAUGCCAGCAUAGCUUUCUUCACCUCCAGCAGUUUCUACCAACAAAUUUAUGACUCUCCAUAUGAGGUGAACCUGAACCAGCUCCUGUAUGUUCAGGUCAAGCUUAACAGGCUUGACAACAGUCUGGAUCUGUUCCUGGACACCUGUGUAGCGUCUCCAAAUCCCAGUGACUUCAAAGAUCGCUCCUAUGACCUGCUGCAUAACGGAUGUCCCAUCGACAACACAUAUUAUUCCUACACCAACGGUCAGCACAACUAUGCUCAGUUCAGUUUCCGGGCUUUCAAGUUCCUCCGGACUCACGCCUUUGUGUACCUGCAGUGUAAGGUGAUCAUCUGCCCAGAUAACGACUACAAUUCUCGCUGCCGCCAAGGCUGCCGCUUACGUCGCAAGAGAUCCCUUGGCAGCACCUACCACACCAAUACUGUGACGCUGGGGCCAAUCAAACUCAAAGGUCAGAGGUCUUUCUGA